AAACUCCUAAAAAAAAUGAGUAGUUUAAAGUCGGACCUAGACGAGUACUUGCUCCUGCAGAGCGAUCAGAAGAAGACCUUCAACGUCAAGCUGCCACAGCUGAAAGUUCCGUUUUUCCGCUCGGAGCCAGAGGCGAAUAGUUUCCUGAAGGACACGGACUCGUGCUUCCCAAAAUUGUCCCGCCUGCAGCGAAUCGUGGGCUUCGUGGCCUGUCUGGGAAUGGGCGCACUCUGCAUGACGCUCUCCACAUUCUACAUUCCCGUCCUAAUUUUGAAGGCCAGAAAGUUCGCCCUGCUCUACACGCUGGGCAGCCUCUUCUUCAUUCUGAGCUUCUGCUUCCUCUCCGGAUUCGGCUCCUUUCUCAAGCAGAUGUUCUCCAAGCCGCGACUGCUCACCUCGAUCUCGUACAGUUCCUGCCUCCUUCUGACUUUGUACUGCGCCUUGGUGGCCAAGAGCACCGCAUUCACUGUCCUCUUCGCAGUGGCCCAGAUAAUUGCCUUGCUCUUCAUGAUUCUGGGCAUGGUUCCGGGUGGAGCAACGGGGCUCAAGUUCUUUGGGCAGCUCUUCAAGAGCAGCGUCUCUGCGUCGGCAAGUGUGCUGCCUGUUUAAAAGGAGGAAGGGCUGACGAAACGAAAAAUCAUCCACCACCGCAGCAACGAAAAGUAACUUAUUUAAAACUCAUUGAUAAAUCUAAAAUAAAACUUAUUUGUGAUACAACGCCUCUCAAA